GCCGCGAGUCGAGUAUGCACAGUCUCACUCGAGCACCCAGCAGGUGGAAGAACAGAAACAGAAUUAAGUCGGCCUACAUCAUCAGUCAGAGAUUUGGUCUUAAAAACUGAUGUAUUGAAAAAUGCUGACCCCGGCCUUUGAACUGAAUCAGGAUGCAGAUUACCUGAAGAUCCUGAUAAAGGCACGCUAUGCCAAGGUGACAGAGGUGGAGAUAUUUGUGGAUGGGAAUGACUUCAAGUUUUAUGCCAAACCUUACUUCCUCAGGCUACAGCUUCCUGGUAGAGUUGUAGAAGAUGGCAGAGAAAGAGCCAAAUAUGACGUAGACACAGGAUCGUUUGAAAUCACCCUCCCCAAGGAGACACCAGGGGAAGAUUUUCAAGGCCUUGACAUGUUGACCAUGCUACUGGCUCCAAGGGGUCAAAGGUCAGCUGAGCAGCCAAGCAUUGAGGUCGCUGGCGAGGGUGAGGAGGCAGGGGAAGCGUGCCAGGCAGUAGAAGAUGACCAGGGGGAAAUUGACUGGCAGGUUGAACAGCAGCCAUUCCAGCAAGACGAAGACUCCCUAUGCAGUGAGACAAACUAUGGGUUUGCAAAUAAGAGGAGUGGCGUCUUCCAGAGGUUGCAAGAAGAGCUUUGCGAUAUUGUUGAUGUGCCAAGGCCGGACACGGCACAGCUGAUUGAGAGAAAAGAGGCCAGACAGGCUGUGGAAAGUGAAAAGUUUGAUGGAGACCAUUAUCUGGCUGAUCUCUACCAGGAUGACUCAGUCAUCGAGGGCUUGCUGUCUCACAAACCAUCAUGGCAUCAGGAAUGGAGAACCCUACAAGCAAAGAGCAAACAAGCCACCAAUCAGAAGGAACCAGCAGACAAGGAGGAACCAAUCGUGCUUCUCACUGAAGAUGAAAAGGAGCAGAUGAGGCGGUUGCCUCGGAGACACUACCUUCUGAGUUCUGAGACGGAGAGGAGUGUGCUGCUGAGCCUAGUGGAUAUCAUCUUUGCCUAUGCCUACAACAUCAGAACAACACUUAGUGAGGACUCGGUCGAAUCGGCUUGGACAAUAUGCAAACUGAGCCCCACCCUGUCUUGGCUCGACUGGUUCACGUCGCUGGAUGAGAUGGUAACCGUCUGCUUUCGCAGGGCCCUCUGCUAUCCACUUUACCGGCACUGGGAGCUCACCAAUAAAGUCUUCCAAGAUGUCAAAAAGAUAUUCGCAUUAGGAAGGCGGCGGCUCUUGAAGUGCCUGCUUGAGGUCCAUCGUGUAUUGGCUGCAGACGAGCCGCACUACCUUCUGAAUGAGCUGUACAUCACAGACUACUGCGUGUGGGUUCAGACACUCAGCCAUAAUAAGAUAACAUCCCUUACCGAGGCCUUGAAAAAGGUGAAAAUUUCCAAGAGCCAAGUUGACUUUGGACUAGAAGAACUGGAACAAGCUGCUGAGCUGGCGAUACAGGAGGACAGUCAGGGACAAAAUGACCGGGGUGCAGUAUCUUCUGUACACCAAUAUGGCUACCCACAUAUUCUCUAUGAUGGGUUGGAAUCUGGAAGUAUCACACAAGGCACAAAAUCCCAAGCCCCAUUGAAGCAAACAGAAUGCAGAGAAGAAACCAGACAUGGCAAUGAAGCAGCCAGCACCGCUGAUCUGUGCACCAGUAACGGCAGCCAUGACUGUAGCGAACUGGGUACAUAUCAAAAAGGGGACUGCGCACCGGUGGAAGACUCCUCAGUGACUGAUGUUGCCACCAAAAUGGCCGACUUGAAAGUUUGUUGGGAUGCCGGUGAAAAGCCAUCAAAAAGUGAUGAGGAGCAAACACGUAGCUUUGUCUCAAAAGAGGACGUGUCAGUUUCAUUGGAUGUGUGGACACAGAGGCCACCUUCCAAGAAAAUUGAAAUGUAUGGUGAAGACAAUCCCACCCCUGGUUCACAGAGCCAGUCAGAUUCUACGAAGGAGGACACAGAUAGGAGGAAAGACGAAGAAAGCCGUCCGAUUGUUUCUGGCAGAAAUGAAGGUGAAACUGAGGCUAUUGAUGAUGUCACUGGCAGUGAUAGUUCCUUGUGCGGAAUGCUUGGUUGUGAUGACUCUAUGCCAGUUGUGGACAUCAGCGAAAGCUUUUUAGAUGCUGAGGUUCAGCAUUCGGAAGCAAGUACAGCUGGAAGAGAGCUAGUGGGUUGUGACAAGUCAAAGCAGAAGCAUCUGCAGUCCCAAGGGCCACUUGAUGCAGUACAGACUGCUUCCCAAUUGGAGUCAGUAACCGAGUCCUCAGGCAAUUCUGAAUCAGACUCCAGUGAAGGAUCUGAAUCGGGCGAAUCGGGGUCUGCAUCAGAUUCUAAUGAGGGAUCUGAGAGUGAACCAGAGUUGACAAAAGAUGCAGAACCAAGUGGAGUGUCCGAUCAAAUCUGAGCUUGUGUGAACCGGGGAAGUUAGCAGUACCAGCUGCCUGAGAAUUGAGUGAAAUUUGAAUUUCAUCUAAGCUUGGGCCUCAGGGAAAAGCUACGUGUAUGAAGAGAUGAAUUCUUACGUGGGUCAGGGCAGAUGCUAGAUUGGAUCUCUUAACCCCAGACCUCCAGACCCUUCGCUCUCUCUAACGCAAAGUAUAUCAUAACUGAAAGAAAAAUAGGCUUUGUGACUCAUUUCUUUGGUAGACUCUGGCCACAGAUAAAAAGAAUAAGUCCUUGGAGCCUCUUCAGAGCUGCCAU